AUGCUUCCCCAACACGUCCUCUUCGCGCUCGUCGCCACCGUCGCCGCUGUCCCGCUUAACAUCAACUUGGGAGCCUACUCGCCUGCCCUGGUAGUCGGUGAUGGAGAGAUCUCACUGGGAUCAACAGAAUCAGCUUCACAGUUGAUGUCUACGCUCGCUUCGGGAGCAGCAGCCAACGCCGGCGGGGAGGGCGCAGCACAAGGUCAGCAAGAACAACCAGCCGCCGCCGAACAGCCCGCAGCAGCUGAAGGCGAGCAACCUCAAGAACAACCAGCUGAAGGAGAAACAGCUAAGCGAUCCGUCCUCCGCCGCGCCAUUAGCGACAUCCUCGGCAAGCGUGCCCCCGCUCCCGUCGAGCCCAAGAUGGCCGCCGUCGAAGAGGCCAUGCAGUGGAUCAAGCGCGAUCUCGCUGGCUUCAACGCUGCUCUCGGUUACGCCAAGGAGGCCCAGAAGGAUAUGCCCAAGGUCGAGAUGGGCACUGAGAACGCUGGUGUCGGUCUGCUCGUCAACCCCGGUGUCAACGUUCCCAAAGACUCUGCCGCCGCCGGCACCCCACCUGCUGAGAAGAAGGCAAAGCGCGACGAGGUUGUCGAAGAGGAGGAUGCACCCAAGAUGACUCUUGUCGCCAUCACCGAAGUUUGA